AUGAUCCUUCCUUUCAGUGAUCAAAGUAAACGAGAACCUGUUAGAAAACCAUUAGCGUCUUCACAUAGCAUUGGAAACGUUGAAUCAUUUAUGGAUCAGAUGAACCCAGAGAAAAUAUUCAGGCAAUCUACCUCGGUGCAACAACGGUUUGUCUCUUUACAAAGUCUUCCCGGGCAACAAGGCCGUCAGUUCGGAUCUUCAAUUAUUGGUGAGUAUCGAGACAACUGCUUAGUGUCUGAGGACGAAUUACCGUUGCCACCAAACUGGGCGGUAGAGUUUUCCAGAUAUUAUGUUGAUCACAACACCUGUAGAACGCACUGGAUUCAUCCCUUAGCUAGAGAAAAUUUACCACCAGGGUGGAACAAAAUUUUCCAACCCAACACUGGUGUUAUUUAUUACAAUGAAAUGGAUGGAAGGUCUCAAGUAGAGCAUCCUGGUCUUCCAAUAGUGCCAAUUAAUCGAACGGAGUCGAUGAUGGUCGCGAGUAGACGUGCAGAAAGUGCUGUAGAACACCUGAACAUCAUUCAUCAUGAAGGAAACUGCGACGUUUUCAAGAAUGAAUAUGGUAAUUUUUACUCUUGGGAUUUGUUCAAUACAAUGCAGUUGGAACACUAUGAAGAAAUGAUGCUGAAAUUGUACAAACAGGAAGUUAUCGACACAGUCCGAAGGUAUGAGCGCAUGAGAACUCUGCUUAACCGGGAAAUUGUUCGACGGACCCAGCCACAUCCUCGCAAUGAGUAG